UCAUCGUAUUAUUGUACCUACUACUUAUGAGUAUAACCAGGCUGCAGAAGAAGAGUAUGAAGAUGAAGAAUUAACUCCUUAUGAAGCAUAUAGCUUGGAAGCAGAACCUGUCAAUGCAGAAGACUCAGGAUGGACUGUAUACCAACGAAAAACUAGGCUCUCUUGCAAGAAAAAGCAAGGAU